CGAAGGUAGUAGAGAUGAUACCUAGGGUCUGAUUUCCAUCUGACUCGGCGGUGACGGCGAGGAUGAAUCAAUUUAGCACAAAUACAAGGUGAACCCAAGCAACUAAGUAUGGCUUUACCCUUUGUUGCCCACCGGCCGGCGGUUCCUGCGCCGUUCGAGAAAUUGCAAGCCAUCAUUGAGUCUGAUUUUGUCGAGUCGAACCUGGAAUUUUAUAUGAAUGGUCGGAGAGUCGUUUUGGAGAACCCCAACCCAGAAUGGACGCUGCUGGACUUUAUCAGAUCUCGACAUGGAAACAAAGGCACCAAACUCGGCUGCGGCGAGGGAGGGUGCGGCGCAUGCACGGUUGUUCUGCAGAGUAUUGACCAGACCGGUCCGAAGAGGUUGAGACAUCUGGCUGUGAAUGCGUGUCUCUACCCGCUGGUUGGCGGUAACCCAGCGCAUGAUUUCCUUGCAGCGAAGAAGUUCUAACAAUGUUCCAGUGGUGGGUAAGCAUUUGAUCACUGUGGAAGGCCUGGGAAGCGUAGACAAUCCGCACCCGUUGCAGGAAAGAAUCGCAAAGCUUCACGGCUCGCAGUGCGGGUUUUGCACGCCUGGCAUUGUCCUAUCGAUGUAUGCCAUGAUCAGGAACGCUUGGGACCCGGCGGCGCAAUCCUUCAAGCUAUCAGCCAGCGACAUUGAGCUCGAGGGCCAUCUGGAUGGCAACUUGUGCCGUUGCACUGGUUACAAGCCUAUCUUGGCUGCUGCGAAGACUUUUAUCGUCGAGGAUCUCCAUUCCAAGCUUGUUGAAGAGCAGGAUAAUGACGAGACCUUACUUGACGGAGAGACAGGGGCAAGAGCCAAGUACGUUCCCGCGGGCAUUCCUGAACUUCUCAAGAAGUCACCCGUGUCAUGCGGCAGACCUGGCGGUUGUUGCAGGGACGAACCGGGCUCCGCAUCAGGAUGCUCGUCUGGAGUCGAUUCCGAACAAAGCAAUCAGGAGACUUCUUCCGACGAAGAAGCUGGGAAAAGCUCACUGACAUCUCAGACCACUCUGUCCGAGUCGGAAGAAAAGGAGGUUAGCGGAACAGCUUAUGGACAGCCGGUUAGGAGGAGACAAAGAAACCCCCCGCCUGGUGAAGAAGGAGAAGGCACCAAGACUGGAAGUGGUCUGGAUGCUCCUCCCCCAAAAUCAUAUCCAGCCGGACUUCAACCCGACUUGAAGCCUUACACUCCGUCGACUGAGUUGAUAUUCCCGCCUUCGCUGAAGAAAUUCGAACUACGGCCGAUCUGCUACGGCAAUUCCGACAUGAUUUGGCUGAGGCCGACUUGCCUCGAGCAGCUUCUCGCAAUCAAAUAUCUCGACCCCACCGUCAAACUUGUUGGCGGUUCCAGUGAAGUCCAGGUUGAGAUUCGAUUCAAAUUCUCCAAGUUUGCGAUUAUGGUCUUUGUCGGCGACAUACCGGAAUUGAAAGAGACUAUUGUGCCUAAAAGCGAAGACGACGUCGCUAGCCUGACUGAGCUGGUUAUCGGCGCUAACACAAGUCUCACAGACUGCGAGGAGAUCUUCAAGACUCUGUCUAAAAAGCUCGGUCGACGAGGACUCGUGUUAGAGGCCGCUCGGAAGCAACUCCGAUACUUUGCAGGUCGGCAAAUCCGCAACGCAGCCUCACUUGCAGGCAACAUUGCAACGGCCUCGCCUAUCUCAGAUAUGAACCCCGUUUUGCUCGCCUCUGGCGCCACUGUCGUUGCUCAGAGCAAGAGCAAUGGCGAAAUUUUGUUGCCGAUGGAGACAUUCUUCCUUUCCUACCGCAAGACCAGUCUGCCCGCAGACGCAGUCAUCACGAAAAUUCGGAUCCCAAUCCCUCCAGCCAACGCUUCCGAGAUUACAAAAGCUUACAAGCAAGCAAAGAGGAAAGACGACGACAUUGCCAUUGUGACCGCGGCAUUCAAAGUCAGGCUGGACAGCGAAGGUAACGUCGACUCGAUUUCGUUGGCUUAUGGUGGAAUGGCACCAACGACCGUACUCGCAAAGAGGUCGGCAAAGACGCUCAGUCGCCAGAAAUGGUACAAUCCCCGAACUCUAGAUGCUGGUCUUCGGGCGUUGCGCGAGGAGUUCAAUCUAAGCUUUGGUGUCCCUGGUGGGAUGGCAACAUAUCGAGUUACACUUGCGCUCUCCUUCUUCUUUCGCUUCUGGCACGAGGUUGUGGCCGAGCUCAACCUUGGCGAGGUCGACCCUGAGUUGAUCCAGGAAAUCCACAGAGGAAUAUCUUCUGGUACUCGGGACAAUAUCAAUCCUGAGGAGCAGCGGGUGGUAGGAAAGCAAAUUCCCCACUUGUCAGCUCUGAAACAAAACACUGGUGAGGCGGAGUAUAUCGACGACAUGCCGCGUCAAGACCAGGAAUUGUACGGAGCGUUCGUGUUUUCACAGAAGGCUCAUGCAAAGCUGAUCGAAGUUGACUUCUCGCCCGCCAUCGGCCCUGGCCUAGCGGUGGGAUACGUCGACAAGAACGACCUCUCGAAGGAGCGGAACUAUUGGGGUCCCAUCAGGGAAGAUGAACCAUUGUUUGCCGAUGGGGUCGUCGAGUCUCAUGGCCAGGUCAUCGGAAUGGUGUAUGCGGAAACGGCAAUCCUUGCGCAGAAGGCGGCCAGACUAGUCAAAGUGGUGUACGAAGACCUGCCACCCAUCCUAACGAUCGACGAAGCCAUUGAGGCGAAGAGCUUCUACACGCACGAUAAGGAGUUGAAGAAAGGCGCUGCAAUUGAAGGGUCAAUGGAUAAAAUUUUCUCGAGCUGUGAUCGAGUCUUUGAAGGUACUGUCCGCAUGGGCGGGCAAGAGCACUUCUACCUAGAGACGAAUGCGUCUAUGGUCAUCCCACAUGUGGAAGAUGGGUACAUGGAUGUCUGGUCGUCGACUCAGAACACAAUGGAGACGCAAGAGUGGGUGAGCCACACGACCGGCAUGCCCAGCAAUCGCAUUAACGCGAGGGUGAAGCGGAUGGGAGGUGCCUUCGGAGGUAAAGAAUCACGAAGCACGCCGAUAGCCUGUGUCCUAGCUGUUGCGGCGCAGAAGGAGAAGCGACCGAUCCGUUGUAUGCUGAACCGUGAUGAAGAUAUGAUGACUAGCGGCCAGCGACACCCAUUUCAAGCGCGAUGGAAAGUUGGGGCGAUGAGCGACGGUACGCUUGUUGCGCUCGACAUCGACUGUUAUAACAACGGCGGCUGGUCAUACGAUAUGACGGGCGCUGUCAUGGAUCGGUGCCUGACACAUAUCGACAACUCCUAUGAAAUCCCGAACGUCCAUGCUCGUGGGCAUCUCUGCAAGACCAACAUCCACAGCAACACGGCCUUCCGCGGAUUCGGGGGCCCGCAGGCUAUGUUCAUUGCCGAGACUUACAUGUAUGCUGUCGCUGAAGGCUUGGGCAUUCCAGUGGAUGAACUGAGGCUCCAGAAUAUGUACAAGGAAGGUGACCACACACCGUUCCUGCAAAAGAUCGACGAGGACUGGCACGUGCCCUUGUUGAUGUCCCAGCUCAAGCAGCAAUGUGACUACGAAAAGCGAAAAGCGGCUGUCGAAGCCCACAAUCAGAAGAACAAGUGGAAGAAGCGAGGGAUUGCACUGAUUCCAUCCAAAUUCGGUAUCAGUUUUGCGACGGCCAACCAUCUCAACCAGGCCAGUGCAGCUGUCAAGAUCUUCGCUGACGGAAGCGUGCUUCUGCACCAUGGCGGUACCGAGAUGGGUCAAGGACUGUACACCAAGAUGGCACAGUGCGCUGCACAGGAGCUCAACGUCCCUGUCGAUGCGAUCUACACAAACGAGACGCAAUCCUUUUACACGGCCAAUGUCUCACCGACGGCGGCAUCAUCUGGCAGUGAUCUCAACGGCAUGGCUGUGAAGGAUGCAUGUGAUCAACUCAACGAGCGGCUGCAGCCAUAUCGGGAGAAAUUUGGUCCCGAUGCCAGUAUGAAGACCCUCGCCCACGCCGCUUACAUGGACCGUGUCAAUUUAUCUGCUUCGGGGUUCUGGAAAAUGCCCAAAGUCGGGUAUCAAUGGGGCAACUACGACAUCAACAGCGUCAAACCGAUGUACUACUAUUGGACACAAGGUGUCGCUUGUAGCGAGAUCGAGCUUGACGUUCUCACAGGGGAUCAUACUGUUCUAAGAACGGACAUUCACAUGGACGUGGGCCGCUCGAUCAACCCAGCCAUAGACUAUGGUCAGAUCGAAGGUGCCUAUGUCCAGGGACAGGGCCUCUUCACCAUCGAAGAGUCUCUGUGGACCAAAGACGGGCAGCUGUUCACACGUGGACCGGGCACGUAUAAAAUCCCUGGGUUCAGCGACAUUCCGCAGGAGUUCAAUGUCAGCUUGCUCCAAGGCGUGUCGUGGAACCAUCUCGGGACGAUCCAGAGCAGUAAGGGUAUCGGUGAGCCUCCGUUGUUCUUGGGUGCGGCUGCGCUGUUUGCUUUGAGAGAUGCACUGGUGAGUGCCAGGAAGGACAAUGGGGUCAAUGAGCCUUUGAUUCUUCAUAGUCCUGCGACCGCGGAGAGGUUGCGGCUGGCGGUCGGCGACGACUUGUUGAAGUUGGGUACUGUGCAACCAAAGGAAGGCGAGAAGAACUUCUUUGUGGCUGUAGCAUAAGAGGUUUUCUAUCAUUGAGCAUCAAUUCAUCCAAA